AUGCUUAAAACAGGCAAUCAAAGAGAGUUUAACAAAAGGACAAUACACAAAGGUGUUGGCAGGUUAAAGAAAAACACCCCUUUCACACCUCCAAAAAAGAAAAGAGAAAAGGUCAGGAUUGGCAAAGGACUGAGAAGAGACCAACUCGAGUCGCAGAGAGUAAAACACAGUGCUGAAAACUUCGACAUCUCCGACACCAAGAGACAGAGACCCCGAGACCGAGACCUAGAGAGACCGAGACCCCGGCACAGAGAGAGACCGAGACCCCGGCACAGAGAGAGACCCCGAGACCCCGAAACAAAGAGAGACCCCGAGACAGAGACCCCGAAACAAAGAGAGACCCCGAGACAGAGACCCCGAGACAGAGACCCCGAGACAGAGAGACCCCAGAGACCCCAGAGACCCCAGAGACCCCCAGAGACCCCAGAGACCCCCAGAGACCCCAGAGACCCCAGAGACCCCCAGAGACCCCCAGAGACCCCCGAGCCCCAGAGACCCCCAGAGACCCCAGAGACCCCAGAGACCCCCAGAGACCCCCGAGCCCCAGAGACCCCCGAGCCCCAGAGACCCCCAGAGACCCCCAGAGACCCCAGAGACCCCCAGAGACCCCAGAGACCCCAGAGACCCCCAGAGACCCCCAGAGACCCCCAGAGACCCCCAGAGAGGCCGAGCCCCAGAGACCCCCGAGAGGCCGAGCCCCAGAGACCCCCGAGAGGCCGAGCCCCAGAGACCCCCGAGAGGCCGAGCCCCAGAGACCCCCGAGAGGCCGAGCCCCAGAGACCCCCGAGAGGCCGAGCCCCAGAGACCCCCGAGAGGCCGAGCCCCAGAGACCCCCGAGAGGCCGAGCCCCAGAGACCCCCGAGAGGCCGAGCCCCAGAGACCCCCGAGAGGCCGAGCCCCAGAGACCCCCGAGAGGCCGAGCCCCAGAGACCCCCGAGAGGCCGAGCCCCAGAGACCCCCGAGAGGCCGAGCCCCAGAGACUCUCUUCACACUGAGCUUGGAGCCUGA